AAAAAGGUUUCGUAUACAGCAAGCCCUAGCAACUCAAAUUCCCAUCACACUUUCAGUCUCUUUUUUUUUAUUAUUAUUUUUUUUCACAAACUCCUUUAUUAUUUACAUAUUUCAGAUUCCAAUUACCAUAUUCUCCUUUCCUCUCAAUUUCAAUCAAUAAUCAAUCGCCAUUAACGAACAAGCUCAAGCUUUGAAUUAAUGGAGGACAUUCUCUCUCCCACUGAUAAACAAACCAUGGUAUCCUCUUUCCUCGAAAUCGCCGUUGGUCAAACCGCUGAUACCGCCCGCCAAUUCUUGCAGGCAACUAGUUGGAAGCUAGAAGAAGCUCUUCAACUAUUUUAUGUUGGUAAUGAAAGUGGCAUUGUGGCAUCUUCAUCAUUUUUUGCCCCUGAAGAAAGUGCAGCUUCUCACAUCGAUAAGAGCCCUAGUGGAUCUGAUGAUGGUUUAGCAAAGGAAAUCAACGAUGUAAGUGGCAGUGAUGAUGUCCGUCCACCUUUGCCUGUAAUUAGAGAGGCUCUAUAUGAUGACUCUAUGUUGUAUGGAGCAUCAAGAAUAGGGUAUCAAUCACAUGUACCAAGUUCUGUAGUCGCUUUCCGUAACUUUGAAGAGGAAAGGAAACACUCGGCCGUAUGGGAAUCCGAUCAAGGUGGUAGUUCAACAGAGAGUUCUCGAGAUAAUCUUGCUGCUUUAUAUCGACCUCCUUUUGCUUUAAUGCACCAGGGUCCUUUUGAAAAGGCAAAACUUGCUGCUGCUGCUGAAGACAAGUGGCUCCUGGUGAAUUUGCAGUCUCCUACAGAAUUUAGCUCACACAUGCUUAACAGAGACACCUGGGCAAAUGAAACUGUGGCUCAAACUAUCAAGACCAAUUUUAUCUUUUGGCAGGUAUAUGACGAUACAAGUGAGGGCAAGAAGGUUUGCACUUACUACAAAAUCGAAUCUGUUCCUGUUGUCCUUGUCAUUGACCCCGUAACAGGGCAAAAAAUGCGUUUAUGGUCUGGCAUGGUACAUCCUGACCGAUUACUAGAGGACCUGCUACCCUUCAUGGAGGCUGGUCCAACAAAACAUCUUUCCUUGGUUUCUCAUAAACGACCAAGAGAGAGUUCUCAUGUGUCUUCUCAAAAAGUCCAAGUUGAAACUAAUGAAGAGGAUGAGGAGCUGCAACGAGCUCUUGCUGUAUCAAUGGAGAACAUGAAUCAUCUAGAUCAAGUGGUUUCCGAAGAAAAAGACAUGACCACUGCAAACGAGGACGAAAAAAAUUGCUCUAUCAAAAAACCUGUGUAUCCCCUUCUUCCCGAAGAACCCAAAGGAGACAGAAACCUCAUUUGCCGUGUUGGAUUUCGUCUCCCUGAUGGGAAAAGAGUUCAGCGCAGUUUCCUGCGUACCGAUCCUAUACAGCUGUUGUGGUCGUUCUGCAGCACACAGCUUGGAGAGUCCGAGUCAAAGCCAUUCCGCUUGACACAUGCAAUCCCUGGAGCUGCAAUGUCUUUGGAAUAUGAUAGCACAUUAACCUUUGAAGAAUCAGGACUUUCAAACUCCAUGAUAUCAGUUACUUGGGAAUAAAGCUCGCUCUGUUUAUUUUUAAAGUAUAUGCAUGGGAGCCCUCGCACAUUUUUUUAGCCAGAAUCAGUUUUCUUGCUGUUCGCUCCUCCCUUUUGUUGGCCACAUUUCGAUUGUAGAACAAAUAUGAUAGGCCAAAAUUAGCUAUCACGUUUUCCCGAAAAAGGAAAACAGAAUGUUUGUUAGUCACUUUGUAUAUAUACUUAAAUCGGUACAGAUCAUGGAAUGUGGAGUAUCUAUGAAACUGCAGACAGCUCCUUGUCUUGAUAGUAUGUCUAAUCUCGAUGUCCUUCAUAGUCGAGUGAUUCAGUUUUUCUUGUUGAUGUCGCAAUUUCUUUAUUAGCACUUUCGAAGUUUCUUUUAUAGCCAACUCCAUAUGCUGGAAUUAAGGCUUAUGCAUUAUUUUUGUGUGUAGACUUUGGUUGUGCUGAAUCCCAGAUACAUGCCAUAAGACUUUGCAGAAAAUCAGGUCACUUUUCUGUGAUCAAAAUUUGAGCUUGAUCAAUUAAUGCUAUAAAUAAAGGAAUGGAUUUCUUUUUAUGCCUUCAA